UACUUGUUUUCUCUCUCGCACUUUCUAGGAUAUUUCCUCCGUUUCUCUCUCUACGAUUCACCCAUCAACAUCAGUUGACUUACUUUCUCUCUCUAUAUCAUCCUGUGUUGUAAAUAUAGAUAUAGAGAGAGAGAGAGCGAGUCGUUGAACCAUUUGAUGAGUCGAGUCUUCCCCAAUCCGGCAACCAUUCAACAAACUACCCCGCGCUUUCAACUAUUCUCUCUCUAAAAAAACCAUUCAUAUACCCCUAAUUCAGUUUUCCCCAUCACAAAUUUCACUGCAAUAGUAAGUACAAUCUUAUUACAUACAUACCUUAGCAAUUCAAAUUCAAUUUACCGAUUGAAUCUGUGUCUUGUUCGUCUCCGGAAAAUUGAAAAUGAACGAUCUGUUCUCCGGCUCGUUCUCUCGCUUUAAGAGCGAAGAGGACCACUCUCCCGGCAACGUCCAGAUGUCGAAUCCAUCGUCGACCGGCGGUGUCAACCUGGACAGGUUCUUCGAAGACGUGGAGGCGAUCAAGGACGAGCUCAGAGAACUCGAAACCCUCUACAACAACCUCCAAUCUGCCAACGAGCAGAAUAAGACUCUCCACAACGCCAAGUCCAUCAAAGACCUCCGAUCUCGUAUGGACAACGACGUCGCUCUAUCCCUCAAGAAGGCCAAGCUCAUCAAGGUCCGCCUCGAAGCCCUAGAUCGAUCCAACGCCGCCAAUCGUAGUCUCCCGGGCUGCGGGCCCGGCAGCUCCUCCGACCGGACUCGAACAUCCGUGGUCAACGGCCUCCGCAAGAAACUCCAAGACUCCAUGAACUCCUUCAACGGCCUCCGGCAACAGAUCGCCUCCGAGUACCGCGAGACAGUCCAGAGACGGUACUACACGGUGACAGGCGAGAACGCGGAGGAGGCGGUGAUCGACCGUCUGAUCUCGACUGGCGAGAGCGAAACGUUCUUGCAGAAAGCGAUUCAGGAACAAGGAAGAGGCAAAAUCAUGGACACGAUCAUGGAGAUUCAGGAGAGGCACGAUGCUGUGAAGGAGAUGGAGAGGAAUCUGAAGGAAUUGCACCAGGUGUUCAUGGACAUGGCGGUACUGGUUCAGGCACAGGGAGAGCAGAUUGACGACAUUGAGAGCCAGGUGCAGAGAGCCAAUUCGUUCGUGAGAGGUGGGACCCAGCACUUGCAGAGUGCGAGGAAGUACCAGAUCAGCAGCAGAAAGUGGACCUGUUAUGGGAUCAUCAUCUUGCUUGUCAUCAUCUUGCUUGUGGUUCUCUUUACUGUGAAGCCAUGGCAAAAUAAUGGUAACAACAACAAUACACCGGCUACACCAUCACCACCGCCACCGGCUGCAUAGUGAAAUUGAUUAUAAUUAUUUUGAGGUAUGUAUGUAUGAUAACUUUGAGAGUAUUGUCAUAUUGUUAUUCAUUUGAGACAGUUUUUGAUUGUCGUUAUUUUCUUUUCAGUCCUGAUAAAAAGAGUGAAUCAUAUUAAAUUUCAUUA